ACCUGUAACUGCUCCUGCACAUUGACCUGCGCCUGUGCCUUACCUGCCUGCGCCUGCACAAAUCACCACAACCACCACCACUUUUACCACCACCAACCACCAUCGUCCGCACCACUAUCCCACUAUCCCACUAUCGCAACUACUCUUGAGUCCAUUUCUCGGCGUCCUCCUUCGUCCGCCCUUCUUGCUUUGUUGCUCAUCUGUCCUGGAGUCAUUUUUUGAUCUGUUGGCUCCUUGCGCUCCAACAGCUUCUACCAGUUUUGUUUCUUCCCCGCAGUACAUCUUGCUCAUCACUCUUCACAUACAUCCCAUCCCGCUUGGUACUGAACCACGGUACUUGAGUAACUCUAACUCGCUCGCUCCUUGGUACAUGUGAUCCAACCGCACCUAUCCUUUUACCACACUGCUCGCAUGCUGAUUCAGUCCGCUAACACCUCACUGUAGCAGACCUCUCUGGUCUUCAAGGUCGUGAGACAUCCUCAUCCUCAUCUGUUGUCACCACCACCUUCAAUCAGCCAGUUGCUGCUCCUCCCGCGCUCAUCCUUCUCACUCCCCCACUCGUUUCCUCCUUCGGCUGUCGGUCUUCCUGCACGACGACAUCAGGUUUUCACCACUUUUCGAGAGCCUUUCUCGCCUGUCCAGCCGUCCCGACAGAUCAGCAACAAAGAACCUGGUCACCACUACCAUCAAAUUCUCUUCUCACAAUGGCUGAAGAAGCGGAUUUCGAUUUCGGUGACAAUGUCGACAGAUCUGCCUUCGAGCAAAUCCUUGACAUGGACGAAGAAGAUGAUCGUGACUUCAGCAAGUCUAUCGUUUUUGGUUUCCUGGAACAAGCCGAACAGACUUUUACAAAGAUGGACGUUGCUUUGAAAGAGAGAAAUCUACCCGAAUUAUCCAGUCUGGGCCAUUUUCUGAAAGGUUCAUCUGCCACCCUAGGUUUUACCAAGGUUAAAGACGAGUGUGAAAAGAUUCAGCAUUAUGGUCACAAGAAGAAUGAAACAGGAGAAGUGGACGAGCCAGAUGAGGACAAGCUCAUUCGUUUAAGUCGUCAAAGCAUCGACGAAGCAAAGAAAGCCUACAAGAUCGUGGAUGCUCUUAUGAAGCGAUACUAUGCCGAAUAAGCCGCGGUUUGGUCUCGGUGCACCUAUGCCGUGCAAUCUAAUGCCCCCCCAAUGACACGACUUUCAAUCACAAUACAAUUUUGUACUGGGAAUACUGUUCACGCUACGAAUACCCACACUGUGUGAUCGGCAGAGAAAACGAAUAAAAAACCUCAACUCAAAGCUGCUGAUUGAUACAGCACCCAAUCUAGAUUAUUACGAACGCUCAAGCCGGCGGCUGAAAAAAGGAUAUUCCCACGAUCUCCAAGGGCUUGCCUACCUGUGCUGCCGAUCCAGUUCUGCGUCCAUCUCUUGGAGAUCCUUGGAACCUUUGCGCUUGUCGUCUCUAUAGUUUUCAGCCUCGUCGAAUCUUCAGCCUGUGACGUGACUCGGACGCAUCAAACUGCUUUCCCCAGCGGCACCGGGACAUGGACACGUGUAUUGUUCUUGUGUUGUUAUUCCGGAGAUUUCUGCCUCUCAAGGAUAAACCAUAGUGAAAUUGAUCAACCCGUCGCACAUC